AUGCCUGUUGCGGAUGAGCGGCUCCCCUAUGGAGAUGGUUCAUUUAAAGUAUUUGGCAUGGAGAAUUUUGGCAAUACGUGCUACUGCAACUCCAUUUUACAAUGCUUAUACUACACGGAAUCAUUUCGAACAAACUUGAUCCAACAUAAACAAACCCAACAUGACCCCAAAUUGGUGGUGAAUGGAAUCAAGUUUCACGGUUUCACUACGAAGUACGAACAAUUAUUACAAAAGAAAUUGAAGGAGCAAGGAAUUACGCCCGUCACGCCAAACGACGAUAGACCAAAACUGAGUCGAAAGGGUUCACUAUUUGGCAUAAAAUUUAACAAUCAAACUAGUGUACCUACAACUGUCAUUGAACAUAGAAAUGAAUACAUUGAUGAAGCGGGCAAUUGCGAAGCUUUGCCUUUGGAGCAACGGAUUUUGAUCAACAAGAAUCCAGAAUUUCUGAAAUUGGAAAUGAUGAUUACGAGACCUAUUGUCAGUACUACUAGCUAUGCCAAUGGACAGAAUAACGGGAGUGCUACCUCUAUGGCAAACUCAAAUGCUGGUGUCAGUUUGAACAAUGGGUCAAGCAACACUUCUGUCACCAGCGCAACUAACCCCAACAAAGCCGACUAUUCGCAAAGCUCAUCGAUGUUAUUAACUGACCAGCCAUCACAAACAGCUCAAGAAGGAUCAAUAAAUAGCAAGUCGAGUGCAAUCAUUGUUGGAAUUCCCAAGCCAGAACCAAAUUUGAUUAACCCAAUCAACCCGUUUAAUGCAAACCCCAGUGCCGACCAAAGGAAAAGAUCAGCAUUAAUUAAUGGGCCAAUAAUUAAUUUGGACACCUCAUUACAAAUGCCGAGUGAGCAGAGAGACGAAACUGCUUUGCUAUAUGCACUUAAAGAUUUAUUUGAAAGUAUGGUUGAAAACAAAUCAGCUAUUGGAGUCGUGUCACCAACAUACUUCAUUUCAAAACUAAAAGAAAAGAACUACUUGUUUCGGCAAAACAAUAUGCAUCAUGAUGCGCACGAGUUCUUCAACUAUUUGAUUAAUGAAAUUAUCGAAAGUCUUGCAAAAGAGAUUUCCGACCCAACCAAGAAUUGGUGUAAUGAUAUAUUCCAAGGUAUAAUCACAAAUGAAACAAAGUGCUUAUCCUGCGAAACCGUGACGUCAAAGCAUGAAUUUUUCCUAGAUCUAUCGAUUGAUAUCCCGCCAGGCGAAAGUGCUUACUCAUUGAAUUUCGCCAUAAACAAUUUUUCCAAACUGGAGACAUUGACAAAUCAAAACAAGUUCCAUUGCAAUACUUGCUCUUCUUUGCAAGAAGCGGUCAAGACAAUCAAAGUCAAGAAACUACCUAAAGUGUUGGUGAUCAAUCUCAAAAGAUUCAAAUAUGAUGAACAAAUGGAUAAGAUGGUAAAGUUGUUCGACUCAAUCAGCUAUCCAUUCAAGCUUCGUUUAUUCAAUACCACUGAGGACGCAAACCAAAACAUCCUUUACGAUUUGUAUGCUUUGGUUAUCCACAUUGGUGGGGGUCCAAUGCACGGGCAUUAUGUGUCGAUCUGUAAAAUCAAAGCUGGUCUUUGGUUAUUAUUCGAUGAUGAGACUGUGGAACUAGUUGAAGAUAAUUAUGUGAUGAGGUUUUUCGGCAAUGGGCCAGGAUUGGCCAGUGCCUAUAUUUUAUUUUACCAACGAGUUGAAUUUGAUGAAAAGUCUGAGAAUUUUGGAUUCGAUGUUUCAACGAUUUACAACGGCAAUGAUUAUCAAGUUCCUGUACAUACAUCGUCUAGUAGCACCGAUGAUGAAUCCAAAACAACCACUGUUGCUGCUGCGGAAAUGGAUGCCAAAUCGGAUAUAUCAUCAAUAAGUUCAUUUACGGCACCGCCACCGCCAGAAGCCACUAGAAAACCUUCGCUUACUUCUGGCGGCAUGUUUAAAAGUUUCAAAUUUGAAAAAGAAGAUAAAUUACAACAAUCUUUAUCAAGAAGUAGUAGUUCGGGCCCUUCAACAAAGAAAGAGGCGCAAGUUAAAGAACCAAAGGAAAAAAAAUCUUGGGUGGGUAGUUUGAAACGUGGUGGUCUUGAACGUAAGUUGUCGUUGAAAAACACCUCUGUGAGUGAGGAGAGUAAUGGAAAUAAGACAAAUGCUUCGUCAUCGUCAUCGUCCACAACCCCGAUUCCGGUGCCUGUCCCAACUCCAGCAACAGCUCCAGCUCCAGCCCCUGUAUUGGAAAAAAGACGAAGCUUGUUUGGGUUCAAAAAGAAGAGUUCAUCUUAG